UUGAUGAAAUUUCCAUCAAACAAGUGAUGAUUUCCAUGGAAGAAAAUGAUGAAUUUGAUGAGCAACAAGAAGAAGAAUAUGUUGAUGACAAUGAAGAUGAACUACUAAAGAACAACAAUUUAUCAGUUCAAAACUCAUCAUCAAAUUGGUUCAUAAAAAUGUUAUCUUUACAAGUAGAAAUCAUCACAACUAUCCUAAUUUCACUAGUUUCCCCUAUUUUCUACAUCCUCUCUUUUGCUAAUAUUUUUGAAGAAGAAGAAACUGAAAAGGUCUCUGUAGCUGUACAUGUUGUAGCUACAGUUCCUUCAAAGUUACUUAAUGGAGUUUCUCUGCUGCUAAAGAAAUUUGGGGUUGGAAUUCUUGGAGCUGCAUAUGUUGCUAUAGUUUUGAUAACUUUGUUGAUUGUGUCUGGGAUUUUGGGAUUUGGGUUGGUUAGGAUGUGGAUGGAAGAGCCUGUGGUUUUGAGAGAACAGUUGUAUUUUGACUAUGCAGAUGUGAAUCCAAAGGCUGUUUUCUCUUUUGGUGGAGAUUAUAGCUAUAAGAAUGAUAUUGGUGUGCCUGUUGGGCAUACAAUGUAUGUUUCUUUGUUUCUACUUAUGCCUGAAUCUGAUUUCAAUAGAGACAUUGGUGUUUUCCAGUUGGUUGCAGAAGCAUUAUCAAAAGAGGGGUUGGUAAUGGCGACAUCAAGUCAUCCGUGUAUGUUGCGAUUCAGAAGUCUGCCAAUCCGUCUGAUGCGCGAAUUUAUAAUGAGUGUGCCCCUAGUACUUGGACUUACUGCUGAAACGCAAACGAUUGUUGUUCCGAUGUUAAAGCAUAAGGAAGGUCUUCCAAGGACAGAAGCAAUCAGAAUAACUAUGAUACCUCGAGCCGGAACUUUCGGCCUGCCCCAACUUUAUCAGUCACAGAUCAUAUUGAAAUCCCAGCCUCCUUGGUAUAAAAACUUGGUUUACAAGUGGAAAUGGACAUUUUUUGUCUGGACUUCAAUGUACAUGUAUGCCACUCUGCUAGUUAUUCUCCUCAACUGGUGCAGACCGCUCGUGUUUCCAGUGAUUGCGACAAGCUUCAUGACUAGUGCUGAUGUGAAUUUAACAGUAGAAGCACCGGAAGAACCACAAGAGAAAGGUCAAGAAGAAAGUGAUGUGUCCGAAUCAGUCAGAAGAUGGCGGCAAAGCAGAAGAAAGAGGAAGGCGAUGCUUCAACAAAGUGUGUCACCAAAGCUCGCGGAUGAUUCUGCAUCAAGCAUUUCCAUAACUAGGGAAGACACAGCGGAUUCAAGCGAGUGAAGUGCUUUUAGAAGUGAAAAAACAAUGAUAGAUUGGUUUGUAUAGGUUUUUGACCAAGACAGUGCUGUUUCAGUAGUUAAAACCGUUUGUUUUCCUAGCUUUUUAGCAUAAAUAUCUGCAUCUUGUUCUGUUCAAGCAACCAAACCAGAGGAGUUGAGGUUUUCUGUAGACAGACAAAUUUAGAAUGUCAAUCAGGAGAAUGUAAUCGAAAUAGUUGCACACUGAAGGUUGCAA